GGAGCUGGACCAGCAAUGGCUCUGCUGAAGGUUCUGCUGCUGCUGGGGCUGGGUGUUUCAGUCAAUUCAGAUGUUUCUCUGAAGAAGAGAAUCAUUGGAGGUCAAAACUGUCAAGACACGGAGCGUCUUUAUCAUGUUCGGGUGGAGAGCAUCAAGGGUAAUGAAAGGAUCCGCUGUGGAGGAUCUCUGAUCCAACCUCAGUGGAUCCUGACUGCAGCUCACUGCUGGAAGUCGGAGCCAGGAUGGACUAACACAGCAGUGUUAAAAGUUCAUCCACGGACUGUUAUGGUGCAGUAUCGGGUUAUCCGACCCACUCCGGUGAUUUACGACCCGAGCCAUGACAUCAUGUUGUUGAAGAUUCAGACACCAGCAAGAGAUGUCCCAAUUGUUCAGUUGCCAGAUUGCAGUUAUCGUCUUAAAAUAUUUGAUACAGUUCAGCUGGCCGGAGAGGGAGCAACAACAACUGGCCCCAAUAAUCAGCAAUUAACCGCUGCUCCUAUUCCCGCACAUCUUCAGUGUGUCGACAUGAAAGUUGUUGGUGUUUCCCUCUUCAAGCACAGUCAUGGGCAUGUAUUCCAUGUUGGAGCACCGAACAAGAAAAUGUGCAACGGUGACACUGGUGGAGCGGUGGUGUACAACAACAUGAUUUAUGGUGUGAUUUCUUUUGGUGGGCAAGAUGCAUGUCAGAGUCCAGCCACAAUCUUGGAUGUGUGUUCAUACAACAGCUGGAUUCAUUUGAGAACUGGUCUUCAAUAAAACAUGAACUAUCAUGAAAUAAAAUUCUCAUCAGAUUUUCUCUCACAUAUAAUUUUAUAAUAAUCAGUUUGAUCCACAUGUUUGCAGGUUUAGAAUAAAUCAAUAGUUUUUUUUUUUCACCUGAUCUUGACCUUCUUAAUGGAGCUUUUUCUGUCUCAGAAAUGAAAAAUAAAUCAAUAAAUGCAUGAAAAAGAAACA